AUGCCAAAUUAUACGUACUGUAUGGAGUAUUUAGAACUUCUUAUUUACGCCUACUUGGACGUCAAGAAUCCAGAUAUGGAAAAAUGGGAGACAGACCCCUGGGAUGCAGUUUUAAAAAACCAAAAACUGUACGGCAACGGGGUGGCAGGUGGCAAAGGUCCUUUAGUCUGUUGGUUUCACGUCAUCAAAGCAUUUCAAGACAAGGGCACGGAACUUCCGGUUAAUAUUCAAUUCCUUGUCGAAUCUAUGCACUACAAAAAUAGCCAAAACCUGGAAGACUUUAUAACCAAUAAUAGACAAAGACUUUUUCCCGAUAUUAGCAGCACAAUCGUGAAUGAUUGCGAAUGGAUGGGCGUAAAAUAUCCGUGUAUUUUUUACGGAUGUAUAGGAAUACUACAUUUUAUGUUGACGGUAACGAAAAAGGAAAAUUCUACCAGAGCAAAUUUACCGCCAUAUCAACAAAAAUGGGACAAAGUUCAAAUGCUCAUGCAUUUUUGGCGACUGCCGUCGAUUUUUCUUGACGAAAUACUCGAAUGCAACUGUGACAAGCAAGACUUUUCAACUAUCAAAAGGCAUUUUGUAAUAAAAAUCGUUCCCCGACAAGUCGAUUACAAAACGGCGGAACUGGUUCAAAAUUUCGUUAAAGAUACAAGGAAAAAACUGAAGAUCGAAAGCAAAAUGGAAUGUGAACUCAUUUCUUCAUCUAGGCCAUGGGUAGAAUCGGUUAGUUCGCCACAAUACAUCGCCGCCGCAAGGGCCACAAUACAGAUCUAUAAAAUGAAGCCCAGUCUGAUCAGAGAAGACAGAAAUAUACCAAUAGUAAGUAUGCUGAGCAAGGUGAUGGAGAAGCCAGUUAUGCUUCUACCCUUGCCGUCAAUGGGUGCGAAUAUCUCGGAACCAAACGAAAACAUUAGCCUUAAAAAUUACUACGAAGGAACGAAACUUCUAGCGGCUUAUAUAUUGCAAAUUGCUGAAAUGAAGAACGUGAAGUAAACAUUUAUCGAACAAAUAAAAAUCUAUUUUACACAUAUAUAGCGUUGUUGACUUUAUAUGGCAUAAAAGUUUAUUUGUGAAAUAUAUAAGCAUAUAGGGCAAAUGUAAGUUAUUGUUUAUAUAAUUUUCAAAA